AAAAUAACGCCAGAAGUGGAUCACAGAGACGGGGAGAAGGGGCAUAAAGCAGGCCGUGCUCGUGGUUACUCUGUCUUUUCUGCGGCAGACGUGCGCACGAGAAGCACAAGUCUCGCAGACCAGGACGUCAACAUGCAGGCUAUUAUUUCAAGGAACGGAUCAGAAACUUCCGAACCCGUGAAAGCUCAAGUGAAAGGAUCAAUCCCUUCCUGGCUGCAGGGCACGCUGCUGAGAAACGGACCCGGCCUGUUCUCUCUGGGCAACUCCACAUACAACCACUGGUUCGAUGGCUCGUCGCUCAUCCACAGCUUCACCUUCAGCGGCGGCGAGGUGACUUACAGAAGCAAAUAUCUGAAAAGCGACACCUACAGGAGAAACAUCAAGGCAGACAAGAUCGUCGUCUCCGAGUUUGGGACCAUGAUUUACCCGGAUCCCUGCAAAAACAUCUUCGCCAGGAUGAUGACACACUUCCGCAACAUCAUCCCUGACUUUACAGACAACAACCUAAUCAACAUAAUCCGCUACGGUCAGGACUACUACGCCUCCUCCGAGGUGAACUACAUCAACCAGAUAGACCCGGACACUCUGGAAACUGUUGGCAGGGUGAACUACAGGAACCACAUUGCUCUUAACUUGGCAACAGCUCACCCUCACUAUGACAAAGAGGGCAACACCUACAACAUGGGCACUGCUAUUAUUGGUCUUGGCAGGCCGAAAUAUGUCAUCUUCAAAGUUCCAGCAGAUACGUCAGAUAAAGGACAUAAAGAGCUGGCUCUGAGGAAGGUACAGCAGAUCUGUUCAAUUCCUGUCCGGUCCACUUUGUUCCCAAGCUACUUCCACAGCUUCGGCAUGACUGAGAACUACAUCGUGUUUGUGGAGCAGCCGUUCAAACUGGACGUCGCCAAGCUCGUAACCGCCUAUUUUAGAGGAAUCACCUGGGGGAAGUGCCUCACAUUCGACGAGAACGACAUUACUCUGUUUCACAUCAUCAAUAAAAAGACAGGAAAAGCAGUGUCCACCCGUUUCUAUGGUGACGCUUUGGUAGUUUUCCACCACAUCAAUGCUUAUGAGGAAGACGGGCACGUGGUAUUUGACAUCGUCACCUACAAGGACAGCAACCUAUACGACAUGUUCUACCUCCACAACAUAAAACAAGAAACCAGCAGCUUCAUUGAGACAAAUAAGGAGUUCGCUCCGCCGGUUUGCCAUAGAUUCGUCUUGCCGCUUAAUGUCCAGAAGGAGUCUCCCAAAGGGACUAACCUUGUCACUUUAACGGACACUACAGCUCAGGCAGUGAUGCAGGAGGACGGGUCCAUCUACUGCCAGCCAGAUCUACUUUUUGAAGGUCUGGAGUUGCCAGGGAUUAACUACAACUUCAACACCAAGAAGUAUAGAUACUUCUACGGCUCCCGGUUGGAGUGGUCGCCCCAUCCCAACAAGAUCGCCAAAGUAGACAUCGCUACCAAGACGCACAUCGAGUGGCAUCAAGAGAACUGCUACCCUUCAGAGCCGGUGUUCGUUGCAUUUCCAGGAGCAGAGGAGGAAGACGAUGGAGUCAUCCUAUCAUCUAUUGUUUCUUCAGACCCCAACAUUACUCCCUUCCUGCUUGUCCUCAAUGCCAAAACCCUUCAGGAGAUCGCCCGGGCCUCUAUUCCGGCCCCGGUCCACAUAGACCUUCAUGGGCUUUUCAUCCCUGCUGCUGACUGA